AUGCACCAGGCUAAUUCACCGGGUACCAAUUCAGCGCAAACAGAUCCCAUCAAGACCGCUAGGAAACAUGAAUCCAUGAACAACCGCAGUUAUGCGAUUCCAUUUCCUGGUAGCAUGAACUCAUCUGAAGAUGACGCGCCACCUUUUCCCGACGCCGAGGUAUCUUCACUGGCGCUCGAUAAUAAGCCUGGCGCGCAAAUACACUACACAUACUACCCUGCAUCGAAGCCCCACGGGGGUCAUCCGAACCCGUUCUCGCAAACGCUGAUCGUCUUCCUAAACGGGCUCAUGAUGCCAAGAAGUUCAUGGGAUCCGGCAAUGCGCAGUUUCUUAGAGAAAAGGAUAGUGGGGCGUCUACCAUAUCCUGGUCUAUUAAGUUACGAUAGAUACGGCCAAGGAGACUCAGAUCCCGAUCCCGAUGACCAACAACCACCACCAUCGCACGGACAUGAUGCAAUAUCUGCAGUGAAAGCACUCAAGCAGUUCACACUUCAAAUAUGGAGGGACCACCUUGAUGUCAACAAACCCACACACUACCCCUGUCUCAUCUUUGUCUGCAACAGCAUCGGAUGCGCACUCGCGAGACUCUUCGCGCAAUGCUACCCUGGGACUGUGUCUGGACUAUUGUUUCUAGACAGCAUCAUGGCCAACUCGGACUACCAAGACUUGUGGCCAGACCCCGAUGCGCCAGACUUCAACCCGCACACACUACCCGAGGGCGUGACUGAAGACGAGGUACGCUCUACAAGAGAAAAGUACAGAAGAAUGUUCCAUCCCGAUGUACCCAGCCAAGAGGGCUUAUCAAGAAGAAACCUCCCGCAACUGUUACCUUACGCAAAUGCGCCGAAACUCGAAGGCUACCUGGGCAAAGGCCCAUAUCUCACCGUCGUUGGUCAUGACUGGGAGACCUUUGCCGAGCAAUCGUACAAGGGGAUUUUGAAAACGCCCAAGGUUCUUACCAUGACUUAUGCCAACCCUGCCUGGCGCCGCUACAACGAAGGUCUCUGUCAGAUCACAGAUGAAGGCAAGGCUAUCGGUCCUAUAACAGCUGUCCGCUGUGGCCACUUUAUCCAGCAAGACGACCCUCGAUUCGUGAGUGAUGAGAUGGUGAGUCUGUUGGACAGGGUGGUGAACCGCGUUCAGCAAGUUAGUCAGAGGGACUGA